AUGGCGAAAAAGCAACGGACGCGACUCGAAGAUGACCACACGGGUGUUCGAAUCAGCACGCUUCCCGAUGAUAUAUUAGUGUUAAUAUUAUCUUCGUUGAGCUUGAAAGAAGCUAUAAGGACUAGCAUACUUUGCUCUCGAUGGAGGUACUUGUGGAUCAUCACACCCAUACUUGAUCUCGAUCUCGAUUCCACAGCAAUACUAUACAAGCCGAGAAAUUGCUCCUCGAGCAACUGGUGUGGAUACAUGCUUUCAUAUUUGGAGGUUGUUGGGACGUCACCGGCAUUCAAAUGCCUAGAAAUCAGCCAGUGCAUUGGUCUCUACUCUGUUUUGGUUCGUGAAUCAAAUGUUGUCUGCAUCAAGUACGCUGGUAGUAUACCACAGUCUCGUUUCAAGCUCGAAGGUGUUCCUCACCUUACUCAGCUCUGGAUUCAUGGGAAGCCGCACUUGAUGAUACAUCAUUAUUUUACGAACAUCAGAGGCAUUAUAGACACGUUUGAUUCUGUGCUUUCACAACUACACACGCUCAAGAUAUACUCCAACUACAAAAUUAACCGCGAUGACACCUUGCAGAGGAUGAUGCCUAAUCUUAAGGAAUUGGUGGUGGUGGUGCUUGGGAGUGAUUACAAGGAGAAUUGUUCUCUCAUGCCAACAAUAAGCUGGUUUAGUGUGGCACCUUACUUGGAGAGAUUUGUCAUAGAGGCGUCACACCAAGAGGGGAUCAAACCAGGAAAGAAGAUGUUGGAGUUGCUGGAGGCUUCGGAAAUGAAUGACUUGCUUUAUGGUGAUGAUUAUGAUGUUUCAGAGAUUAACAGAAAGAAGGAAGUUCAGAGAGCUUAUUCUCAUAUCAAGGAAGUAGAGUUUGUUGGGUAUCGUGGUGUGCGUAAUCAUCUUCAAAUGAUUACACAGUUGGUGCGAAACGGUGUUGCACUAGAGAGGAUAACCGUAGAUCCACGAUCUAUUGAGCAUCGCGGGAACAUGCCGUGGGAUCGCAUUUCUCGGAACCAAAUGGAGGAUGAAAUAAUUGCAAGGAAUCGUGCAAAAGACCAGCUUAAACAGUUGUGUGUUAUUCCAAGAAUAAAUGUCAACAUUCUCUAGACUAGACUAGGGUUUGUGAAUUUCAUAUCUCAAAAUAUCAAAAUUUAAUCCACAUUUUGGUUCUUGAUUAUUACUCCAUUAAAUUAUAAACGUUGCAU